AAUCUAGGUUCAAUUAUCUUUAGACCAAAAUUUUACAAAGAUGAUCGUAAUAUUUUUACAGAUUUUUUAGUAGAAGAUGAUACCCACCUGGAUACAACUUUUGGACUUAGAAUAUUUUCAUAUGGUGGGCUAUUAUUUUAUUAUUAGGCAGGGCCGCGCGCGCCUGUAUUGUACACAGGGCGGCAGCGGUGCGAGCGCGAGAGAGAGGCGCGCAUACAUCUUUUAUACUUGUAAUAUUUUGGCUGGCUGUGUGUAUUUUAUUUUAACGCGGGCCGGCAGCGAUGUGCGAAAGAGUCGAUCAAGUAUCUGUUAGCUUUAAUUUUAUUUUAUCGCUGGUUGAUUGUGUGUGGACUUAGUGCGCGCCGUCGAAGAGAGUGUGUGUAUUUUAUUUGUACAGCGAGCGAGGUGCACUUGGUGCGUGCUGGCGAGAGAGUGGCGUGUAAUUGAGCAGCGGCUAGAGGCGUUUGACUAAGUGCGCGGCCGGCGCCAGUUGUCAUUUCCGUCGACUGAAUGGAUUUUUACUAGGCUGGUUGUGUGCGCGUCGUUGUGGAUUUUAAUUUAAAUUCUUAGACUGAACUCUAUUUACAGGCGACUGAAAUCAAUGGAAUAAAAAUCACAAAAAUUGUUCUCGGCGCCACCAAUGCUAGUGAUUUUGGUCUCGGGAAUAUAUUUGAGAGCUCUGCCGCGAAUUUUUGACUCGUUCCUUUGGCGAAUUUUUUUUAAUUUUACCUGCUUUUUUUUAAUGGAGAUAAGAUAAAUUGUAUUUUAUUUGAAAUAAAAAUAAAAUUUUAUUUCCAGGUUAAAUAACCCCCAAACAUCACUUUUUAAAGGUUUAAAAAUUUCAAAUUUUUAAGAAAAUAAACGGAGAAUGGUAAUUAUUAGUUCUUCGUAUUAAUAAACAAAUUUAUUUUUAUUUAAAAAUAAGGAGAAUUGUAGAACAAAAUAAAAAUUUAAUAUCCAGGAGUACUUUUUGUGAUACAUUAGUUUUUUUUUUUGCAAUUUUACUGCUUCGUAAUAGUUUGUAUGUGUGUCGGAGAAGCAUCCCUUGCACAUGGGGUGGAAAAUUAAAGGGACUGUUGAGUUAUAAGGAAUAUGGCUGGAAGCUAAAUCAAAGCUUGGAAAAGUGAGAGUGGUAGACAAAGCGAGCGCCCCACCACUCGCACCCGCACUAGGAAAGCAGCGUGCAGUUGCAUUGUGUGCUUCCGUAAGAGAAGGAAGUGAGCUUUUCACCCAGUUGUCCACUGCUCGUUUUUGACCAUUUUGGGCAAUGUCGAAGAAUCAACUAACUGGUGCUUCCGUAAGUAAUUUUUCUGUUCUCAUUUACUCUGAGAGAUAAAUUUUUAUGGGAUUUAUUCUUUUAAAAAUAUUGAAAUUUGAUUUAAUACCAAUUAAUGAGCAAAAUAUUUUGAAAUUUUGCUGAUAACAAAAUUUAACAGAAAUUUAUUCAUUCUGACAAAACCUAUUAAAUAAUAAAAAUAAAUCAUAAUAAUAAGCAAAAUCUAAAAUAAAAAUGUAAAAAAUUCAGACUGUAAAUUUUGAUAUGAAUCUUUUAAUUUUUCAAAUCUUUUUUCUGCCCUGAAUUUUAUUUAUGAAUUUUCAGUGUAAUAAAUUUGAGAGAUUAAAUUAUUAAUUAAAUAAUUAAUUAUUCAAAACGGAAAAAUCAAUUUUUUUUACAGAAUAAGCGCCCUUCCGGGGGAAAGGGUGCACCUAAUAAGGAGAAUCCUCCAAUGAAGAAGAAGCCUGGACCCAAGGGGUUGGCCAAGUCGAUGGAGUUCAUCCUCUCGUCCGAUGAGGACGUUUUCAAAUCUCCUCCGACGAAGCGCCAACCCCUUCAAUCCACUGCGAACCUCGGUUCAGGCCAGACGGGUGCAGCAGCGAAAAGAAAGACUACUCCAAUCUUUCCUGGAGCUUCCCAGGUUCGCACUGCUCCGAAACUCAUCUCGAUUCCAGCCAAAGCACCAACAGCAAUGGCUCAGCCGAACGUGCCUCGUCAGCCUCGAGAUGGUGGAGGUGAGAACCGGGGGGAGGCUGCUUGUGGACCGUCCGCACAGGAUGUAAACCAUCCUCCUGUGGCUGUGGUUACCGCUCCAGGGUACCCUGUGGCUGAGGUGUACGACCCAAAGGCCGAGGCUUCCUGUCCGUCAGUCACUCUCGCCAAUGUGGCCAUCGUCGGAGACAAACUGGCAAAACAUAAAAGGUUACUCAUGGAGUUGCCUCAGCAAUUUACAAAGACUCUGGAAACAAACAAACAAAACCUGAAAUCCCUCAUGCUUCACACUCGAAAGCAGGCAAGUGAGGGCAAGGAGUCGUCGGAGAAGAAAUUGCUCCUGCUGGACGAUGCAGAUAAAAAGUUCACGGAUGAACUGGAAAUCAAGAAAGAUCUUGUGUGUCGACUUAACAAAGACUUGGAGCAGAAGCAUCGCAAAAUACAAGAGGUGGAGGAAACCAUCACUCGGAAGAACGAAAGCAUUGCUGCGUGGAAGCUGCAAGUUCAAAGAGACACAGCGUUGGUGGAGAAACUGAAGAGUGAGGGUGCUUCUCUUGAAAAAUUGCAGACUGAAGGUGAAAGAAGAAAAAAAGUGUUGGAGGAGGGUCUCGGAGAAAAUCAUCAAGAACGGGAAAAUCUAAAGAAGAAGAACGUUGAAUUCAAGACUAUUCUGAAUGAGCUCCAGACCAAGUUUGACCUGCAGUGUGCUGAUGCGACAAGGGAAGCUGAGGCUGCAAAGAAGGCUGCCGAGGACACACUCAAGUCCAACAUUACCCUGCUGGAGACAAAACUCAAAGAGAUGGAAGAUGAACUGGAGAAGCAGCGGAAGCUCGAAGAAGAAGAGAAGGCUCGUAAGCAGUUGGAAGAGGAGGAGAAGAAGAAAGCUGCCAUGGCCGAGGAAGAGGCUGAGAAGGAGGCUGCCAGGAGGAAGGAAGAUUCUGAAUCUGCAGCUUUUCUUGUUGCAGUCGAGCAGGAAGAGCUGGAAGAGCUGGCCAGGCGCGCAAAGGGAGCUGUCGAUCUGACUUUCCUACUCGAGGAGGGUGAAAUGGUGUCCUUUGUGGGGACAGAAGACAUCCAACAGCAGCAGCAGCAGCAGGAGUCCCAGCAGCAGGAGUCCCAGCAGCAGGAGCAGAUCAGCAGCAGCUUGGACCUCGACAACUUGGUGACUUCAACUCUGGAAGAUAUGGAAACUGACCAAGCUGGUGCAGAGGUGGCUUCCUGCCCUCCGCAGACUUCGGAGGUUGUCCCACCCUUGUCCGACAGUUCUGAUGAGGAGGAAGCGGAGCAGCCUCCCUGCAAGAAGACAAAAACUGGCUCACCCAGCCUUUCCUCCUGUUCCUCCUGCUCUUCUUCAGACUCGUCAGAUGGCGAGCAAGAGCCGAGGGGAAUGGAGAAAGAGCAGAUUGGUGAAGAGGGAGUCGCAGGGGCUGCAGCGAGUGUCGAGCCGAUGGGAUCAGAGAUGGCUGCCGAGGAGAAGAGCGAGGCCUCAGCUGAGCCCUCGGUGGAGUCCAGUCCGGAGAUUGGUCCUUCGGGUGAAUCCAGCAGUGAUGGUGAGACUGAGCCGGAGAGGUCCGUCAGCAAGAAGAGACGGAGGAGAAGGCAGCAGAAGAACAAGUCCGACGCUUCCUCAAACUCUUCAUCUUCAGACUCCGAUACUGCUGGUUCACCUGUCAAGAAAAAGAAAAGGAGCAUUACUUCAGAACAGGUCUUCAGUCAAGUUCCAGUUGAGCACAAGGAUUUCAAUGCCCAUCUACCCCGUGAUCGACCAACGAUGCCCACUGAUUUUCAAUACAGCAGCACUUUCUCAAAGAACCAAGAGGAGCAACUCCACUCGGCAAAGAAGCAGGCUAAAGAUGCUCGCCUUCCCUUUACAGCACUCAUCAACUAUGAGAGAAAGUGGAAGAAGAACGACCAGGACUUGAGGGAGGCCCUGAAAGCUGUCACUCGCCAAAACAUCCCGAAUGCUGUCGAGCUACCCGAAUUGCCUUCCCACUACCUGGAGUAUAUUCAUUACGUCACUGUCGCCCAAUAUCGGAGCAGAUUGUCCGCAGAGAUGCAAGAGUUGGCCAGUGCGUACGACGUUGUCAUUGAUGGCCAACUGAAGUUUGACUCCACUCUGGAAAAGAUGCUGAAGGCGAUCAGGAAGAAGCUCAAGAAAACUGCGGAUCAGCAAGUUGUGGAGCGAGAACUUGCUUCCAACGAGACCAUCGAGAGGUUCCUUGUGCCGAAGAAUAAAACGAAACAAAAUAACAAAAAGGACAAAGUCAUGGGCCAAAUUGGAGCAGGGAAAUUACCUUCGAAAGCAAACGAUUCAGCAUCGGUGGACACUCGGCAAGCAGCACCACCCCCAGCACCCCCAGACACAGCAGCAGCAGCAUCUCAGCAAACUGUCCAGCCAAGAGAUUCUUCAGCAGAGAACGAACAGGCAAGGGAUGUCGAGGAGCGUCAGCGUGUUCGCGCAAAAGUAAGAGAGCAGACCAAAAAGGCAAGGUUGGAGCAGCUCGAUGAAUUAGACAAUCCUGAAAAAGGAGAAUAUUUUGAAAUAACUGCUAGAUCGGACGCAAAAGAUGAAAAAUUUGAAACUCUGACCACUAUUGCUCAAUUUAAAGUUUCCGAAAGUGCUCGAGAUGCACCAAUGGGGGACAUUCUAGCAAUUCGAGAUGUAAUUUUGCACAUCAUUAAAGAUGUUUCGGACGAUUCAUGGAUCGGAAUAACUCUUUCAACUCGCGCCCAGCCAAAGGAGGCAGGUAUUCCGCUCAUGCGAAAAAACCAAUUCGAGCCAAAUUUGAUUUUCAAUUCGAUCAGCGGAAUUUCACAGUCCAGAGAUGAGUUCACAAUUGACGACAGUUUCAAAAUUAUUGCUGUUAUUGUCAAUGACUUGGGAGCCCGUGGGCGCAGAUUUUUAGGGAAUUUGGACAUUUCAGCAAAAUCAAGUUCCAUUCCUGCAAAAAAUGACCAGAAUAAUAAGCUAGACAAGCUUUUGACAAAAAGUGAUCUCAUUGAACUUGGCUCUUGCAAAGAUUCUUGUGUGUAUUUUGCUGCUCUUGUGGGAAAAAUACAUGCCGAUAGAGUGGCCGCAAAUGAAAAAGGUGAAUCUAAUGAGUGGAGACAAGCAAAAGCACAAAAUUCAAAAGCUUUCACUCAAAAGGUUUUUGAACUUAUUAGAGACGUUGGGCUUCCUUUUAAAAAUGGGUCAGGGCACAGAAACCUGCAAAAAAUCCAGGAAAUAUUUGGCAGAGAGUAUAAAAUAAUCGCCUUCGCUGGUGUCACUUUGGAGUCAAGAAUAUUCGGAAGCGAUUAUGUUGACGGUGAUGAAAACAGAAAAAAAAUAUUUCUGUACAUGGACAAAGAGAAGCACUUUCACGCUCUUCUCUCGGCGAAAGCUUUCUUUGAUAAAAAGCAUUUUUGCGACUUCUGUGAGAAGCCUGUGGACAACCUAUUCCACAGGGAAUAUUUUGAGACUCGUCAAGACCAAACAAUUAGUGUCAAUGAUAAAGUGAAGUACAAGCACAUGGCCAAUUUAGUGCACGUCUCAAAUCGCUGUGUGAACUGUUUGGACGAUCACGAAGGAGAAGAUAAUUGUUACUGGUGCGGGAAAAGAGAAAAGUCAUUCGACAACUUUGAUCAACCUGACAAAAGUGUUGUGGGUGAAUUUCUCAACUACAUGAAUGAUAAAUGUAAAUCUAGAAAAUCAUUUAACCGACACCAGGGUAUUGUGCUGCAAUUCAACGCAGCGUCGUUUGACAAUCAUCUUGUCCUUUCCCAUGUGAUGAACGAUGAAAAUUGGAUUGUCAAGGACAUAAUAAUGAGUGGACUGCGAAUUUUGCAAAUGCGGAUAAAAAAUAAAGAAAGUGGAGUGUCUUUGAAAUGGCUUGACAUGGUCAACUUCACGCCUGCUAAACUGGCCGACUUGCCAAAAGCUUUCAAAAUUGAGAAUGUUGUCAAAGGCCAUUUCCCGCACUAUGCUAAUAAGCCCGAAUAUUAUAAUUACGACGAGGGGCGCUUGCCUCCAGCUGAAACGUUCGGUCCCGAUUGUAUGACAACUGGUGCGAGGGAAGAAUUUUUAAAGUGGUACGAGGAGACCAACAAAGAACUCGCUGAAAGUGGCUCAACUUGGAACUUUCGCGAAAAUAUUAAGCACUAUUGCAAAAACGAUGUGCGCAUUUUGAGAAUUGCUGCACUAAAAUUCAGGGAAAUGAUUCGGCUGUUCAGAAUUGAGCCGUUUUUGGAAAGCUUGACUAUGGCCUCACUCACACACGAGAUAUACAAGAGAAAUCACUACUUGAAUGGAGCAAUUGGGAUUUUACCAAAAAAUGAUUCGUAUCGUGGCUCGCAAAGUAAGGAAGGACAAAAAUAUUUGACCUAUGUGGAGAAAUUUAUGGGCAUCAAGAAUUUACAACACGCUGGGAAUGGAAAGGAAAAGGUCAUUGGAGGAGCACCAGUGGACGGUUUUGAUCCUGAUACAGGAACAAUUUAUCAAUUCCAUGGAUGCUGGUUCCAUUGUUGCGUCGACUGUUUCCCGAACGCAACUUCAUCACCGCGCGGAACAGGAAUUGAGGUUCGUUCAAAAACCUACGCCCGAACCAAGUUCUUACGAGACCAAGGUUAUACUGUGGUGGAAAUGUACGAGUGCAAGUGGAAGGAAAAAAUGAAAUCCGAGGCUGAGACGUACUUGAAAUUGUGCACAGAUCCCAUCGUUGAAAUGGGAUAUUUGAGGGCGCGAAAUGCACUUUUUGGUGGCCACUGCAGUGCGUUUAGGCUUCAAUGUCUGCCCCGAGAAGAUGAGGAAAUUCAAUACUUGGACUUCACCUCAAUGUACAGUUUUGUAAACAAGUAUGGCAAAUAUCCAAUUGGUCAUCCAAAGGUUUACACCAAAGAUUUUCCUGACAUAAAGGAUGUCAACGGACUAGUCUACUGUGAAAUGGACCCGCCCGGAAACCUCCAUCACCCUGUGCUGCCCGAAAAAGUGGAUGGCAAAUUGCUUUUCCACUUGUGCUCACUUUGCGCCAGACUGAAAAAGUUUAAAUACUGUCCGCACAAUGAAGAGCAGAGGAAACUCACUGGCACGUGGGUGAGCUACGAAAUUCUGUUGGCUCUCAAAUAUCAAUACAAGAUCAGGAGAAUUUUUGAGAUCUGGGACUAUUCUGAAAUAAUUCAGUACAUGACUGGACCGGACGGCUUUGGUUCGAAUGGGCUUUUCGGAGAGUUUGUCAACUGCUUCCUUAAAAUCAAAGCGGAGGCUUCAGGGUGGCCAAGGGAAAACAUGACUCAAGAGGAAAAAGACGCCUAUGUAGAAGAAUUUUGGCAAAUAGAGGGCAUAAGACUAGAUCCCAACAAAAUUGAGCGAAAUGAAGUGAUGCGGUACAUUGCCAAGUUAAUUCUUAAUUCUCUCUGGGGACGAUUUGCCAUGAGGACGGACAUGACGAAAACUGCGAUCCUCGACGAGAGGAGUGAGCUUUUGCGGCUGCUGUCGUCACCGAAUGUCGAGGUUCAAAGUCUUCUAACGAACCUUGGCGAGAAAAUGAUAGCCACUUAUAAGGACGAGGCCUCACAACCAAAAGGAAUUAAUGUAGUAGUUGCAGCUUUCACUACUGCUCAAGCUCGAAUUUUGCUUUACCGACUAUUGGAUUUGGGUGGACACAGAGUGUUGUAUACUGACACUGAUUCCGUCAUUGUAGUUCAGAAAAAAGGAGAGCCAAUUUUCAAGACGGGAAAUGGCUUAGGUCAACUGACAAACGAAGUGCCAAAUCAAGUAAUAAGUGAAUACCUUGCUGUCGCACCCAAAAACUACGGCCUCGCGCUCCAAAACACCGAUGGAUCCAAGGAUGCUAUUCGCAAAAUCAAGGGCAUCACACUGCGGCACAAUUGUUUGGAGCAAACAAGCUUGGCCACUCUCCGUCGACUCAUUCACGGUGAACUGGAAGAAGUGGAAAUUAACAUUUACAAAAAAAUAGAGCGGACCCUCGGAUUCCAGCUUGUCUCGUCCGACACCUCCAAGAAAAUAAAGUUGAAUUACGACAAGAGGUUCCGAGAGGAGGGCGUAGUUGAUUUUUCCUCACCACACGGACUGAAGGAAAACUGGCCACCUGUGAUCCCCGACGAAUCAAUCGAUGUUCAUAUGUGGUCCAUCCAUGAAUAUGCUGCAUAG